UAUUCCAGCCAGUGUGAAGAGAAUGUGCGCGCCGACCGCACGCUCGCCGCGACCGUGUUUUAAAUACCGAACUCGAUAACGGAACACCAUCUUUUAAAAAUCGAAUCUCCGUUCUAAAAUUAAUUUCAAAAUUUUUGUGUUACUUCCAAAGUGAUGUGCCUUGUACUUAUUUAAAAAAAAAAGUAACUUAUCUGUGAUAUAAAAUACUUUAAUUUAAAAAAAAUAUUGUAGAGAAGUACUUAUAAAUUUAUUUUUAAGUGUAUAAUAUUAAAUUAAUUCUCCGAGUACUUAUAAAUUUAAAAGAAUAUCUCGUAAAUCGAAUCACAAAAAAGAAAAAUAUAAAAGUGUAAACAAUCUACAUAUAAAAAAUUAUCUACAAAUUAAUUUAACUUUUAACCAAGUGUAAACAAAAUCAAGUGUGUUGUUAAACCAGUGGAACUUUCGUGAAGUAUAAGAGAAAUCGUAAAUCCCUUAAAACAAAUCAUGCGCCACUGAGAGACAGACUCGCGCGCAAUACCGGAAGCGGCGCGGCUGCGUGUGCGCAUCAUGUUCGGUGUACUUCCGGUGCGAUGGGUCGCGCGCCUCAAACAUGGAGGUGUCGCCAACCAAUUCGUUAUGGCUACUAUGGUCACAAUCCCAGCUUUAAAUUUCGGCAUGCUGAUGGGCUGGCAGUCUCCGAUGACGCCAAUCCUGCAGUCACCGACAGGACCUGCUCCGGAGCCAAUCAGCGACGAGACCAUAUCGUGGAUGGCAGCUAUUACCUUCAUGCCCCCCAUCUUCUGUGGCUUCAUGGUCGGAGACCUCGCUGACCGAUGGGGAAGGAAGAUCACUACUCUUUUGACGGCGUUGAUGCUUGUGUUAAGUUGGACCAUCACCCUGUUCUCCCUCCGUCCGUGGGCCCUCAUCAGCUCGCGAGCAGUGGCCGGGCUGGCGUGUGCAGGCUGCUACGUCGUCAUACCGUUGUAUUUAAAGGAGAUAGCAUCAGACAACAUCCGAGGGGCUCUAGGCUCCCUAUUCAUCCUAUCACAGAACCUCGGCUACCUGGUGGUCUACGUGGCGGGAGAUCUCCUGUCCUUCGACACAGUAUUAUGGCUCUGCACCGCAGUACCAGCUAUCUUCCUCGUCGCCUUCAUCGCUAUGCCUGAAACUCCUGUGUUCCUGGUUAAACAGGGGAAGAUUAAGGAGGCUCGUGCAGCACUCGCUUGGCUUCGAAACACCACGACCGACGAUAAGGACCUGGAGGAAGCGAUACAGCAGCUGGAGAGAGAGGAGGAAUAUGCCAGGAGUAUGAAGAAAGCCACCUGGAAGAGUAUAGUGAAAGACAAGACGACAUUCAAGGCGUUUCGUAUAUCCCUGAACGUGAUGCUGUCCCAAGAGACCUGUGGUUACCUGGUGGUGCUGAUGUAUGCUGGCUCCAUCUUCGAGCAGGCUUCAGAGUCCAUCAGCCUGAAGUUGAGCCCCAAUAAGCAGACUAUCGUUGUGGGGGUCAUCCAGUUGCUGGGUAGCAUUGUGGCCAGCUGUAUUGUGGAACAGACUGGACGAAAGUGGCUUCUAGCAGGCACCUCCCUAGCAACAGGGCUAUCAAUGCUGGCAUUAGGAACCUGGUUCUACAUCACCUCCUUGAACAUCUGGCUGCCGGGCUGGCUGCCGGUCCUUGCCAUGUGUCUCUGCAUCUUCGCUGAUGCUGCAGGGUACCAACCAGUGCCCUAUGUCAUUACUUCUGAGCUGUUCACUUUCCAGCACCGAGGCAUGGUAACCUCCUUCGUCAGCUCCGUGGAUGCCCUCAGCGACUUUCUCCAAACAAAGGCCUAUGACCCACUCUUGAAACUCCUGGGCAUCCACUGGGUAUUCAUCAUGUUCUCCAUAGUCUGCUUCCUAGGAACCUUCUACACAGUCAUGUGGGUCCCAGAAACUAAAGACAAGACUGUAGAAGAAAUAUACGCGAUCUUAGAAGACAGCAGAAAGAAAGAGAAGAGGAAAGGGAUGAAAGAUUUAAGGAAAGAGAUGCAAGAUCUGGAGUGUGGGAAGGAGAUGAGUAGAUUAUAAGUAUUUAUUGGGAGUUGUCGAAUUGAUGGGUUUUUGUGGUGUUGAUAGGAUGGCGAAUUUUAAUGUUUUUUUUUUGUGAUUUAAAAUAUCAUUUUUGUGUUUUUCUUUUGUUUAUGAGAAUUUAUUAUAUUCUCGGGUUUGUUUCGCUGAUGAGAGACAAAUGAUUGGAAACAAAUGUAGGUAAUGACAUCUUUGUAAUUUUAAUUAACACCUAAUCUGGAUAAUGAUCGCAUAUCUCAUUUUUUUUUUUGUUUUUUGAAUGCUUUUUAAACUAUGUCUUCCUGUCUUAAUUUAAUUUCAGUUUAUAAUACAUUUGGUGCAAUGUCUAAUUUUAAUAUAUCAUUACAAAUUGCACUUGCUAUGUAUAACGUAUGUAUAUUGUAUACCUAUAAACAUUUUGUUUUUUUAUUGUCUAAAAUAACUAUUGUUAAAUGUAAACUUAUUACGUAAACACUUAAGAAUUGUAUAAUACAGUUUUAUUACUUUGGUAAACAAAAAAACAACAUAAUAAAAAAUAGAAUCUUACAUUAAAUCUAAAAAUAAAAAUUAUAAAUCUAAGUAAAUGUCGCUGUACUAAACAUCGAAGGGCUCAAAACCCAUCAAUUCGACAAUCGUCUUUAAAACAAUGUACAAAAGAUUCAUUUUAUUUUGAACCAAGCCACGAUAAAAACAGUGAAUUUUUCUGUACAUAAUGGUGAUUCUCAAACAACCAAUUUUCCUGCCCAUAAACUUUGGACCCUAUUAUUGUAAAGUGAGGGUGCAUUUUCGUGUGUGCAGGAAGAUAGUGAUAUGUGCCUCCCGACUACCGAUUGUGAUAUUAUGACGAAUUAAUAACGUUUAGUAAUUUGGUAUUAUUAGCAAUAAGAUGUCUAUAUGACGUUAAAAGACAAUAAUAAUUUAUAUGAAAUCUCA